CUAUGCUGCCCUCCCAAGCAAAAAGACAGUAACUGCUUUGGUCGAAAAUGAGUUAAUGUAACAAAAAUGACAUUAAAUACAUGCUUAAUCAUGUGGACAAGUAUCCUGCCUCUAUUGUAUUGUGUUUUGGAGAAAAUUGGGUCGUAUUAGCAGUAACUGCAAAAAGUUACUGUGAAACCACGGUAAGUGGCAGUAACUGAACUUACUGCCUUUUACCUGCCCUUGGCUGCAGUUACUGCAUUUUACCUUUGUAUCAUAUAUCUCAUAAUUUUAUUCUGAUAGUGAUGCCAUCGAGGCUGUAUGACACUGACUGACAACUACACACAUAUACAUUACUAAUCUAGGGAUACAACACCAUGGCACAGCAUUCCCGGGGAGAAUGAUGGUUGAACUUGCUCUGAAACGCCGACAUCCAGACAUUGUUGAGUUUGAGGGCCACAUUCCAACAAAGACUCCUGAUCUACCCCCUUUAACUGAAGUCACAGUGUCAACACUAUCUGAAGAAAUAGAGAACCAGUGGGGGGUCUCUGACUCCUUAGAAAUCAUUCUAUCAGAUGAGAAAUCAAGUGCCAAUGAUGAUGAUGAUGAAGAUUAUCAUCCACCUUCAGAGUUGGAUGUUCCAGCACAAGUGGCAACUGAGGCCGUGGACACAACUCCAGAACACCUAUCAAACAAGAAAUCCAAGAGUCCACCAAUGGGUAAGCCAUGUGGUCCCAAAUGCAAGAGGCAAUGUACUCAGAAUAUUAGGCGAAAGGAAAUAUGGGAAAAGUAUUGGGAGAUGAAGUAUAAGGAGAAGAGGACAUGGUUCUUCCACAUGGUGGCACAGCAAUCUAAGAAACAUGUCACUGUUGGUGCUGACAGUCGACCCAGCAGACCGUUUCUGUACCAUCUUCCAAACCAGAGCGGUUCUGCACAACACGUGUGCAAAGCGUUUUUUCUGACAACAUUGGGCGACCACCUCAAAAAUGACAGGUUGAUUGUCACAAUGAUGGGCAAGUCAAUCACAACCAAACUAAUUCCACCAAAGGAUCAGAGGGGAAAGAAAGCUUCAGCGAGCAAAUUGAACAUGAAUCCAAUCCUUCCAUUCCCAAAUCAGCCACUACAGAUGAGAGCAUGCCCCCCCAUCGCUUCUACCUCCCUAGGGACGCCAAUAUUCGGUUCAUGCAUAAUGACUACAAGGAGAAGAACAAAGAUGCCAGCUGCGGUUAUGAAACCUAUCGCAAGGCGGUAAAGGGAAGGAACAUCAGCUUUGUGAAGCUUGGAGAGGAGGAGUGUGAGCUCUGUUUGGUGCAGGGUUAUCAUCUGAAGAUGGAGCACAGAGAACCCAAGCCUGCCAAGACAACAGCCAUGCAGCACCUGAAUUCACCAUCACCAACCCUGACUGCAUGCAAUGUAGAAAAUAUGAGGAACAUAAGAAGUCUGCAGGGCAGAGCAGAAGCCAUUACCAGGCUGAUUCACAGAAAGAUUGGCCUGAGGACUGGUCUGUGAGCAGUGUUGAUAUGCAAAAAGUCAUCAUGCUCCCUCGCAUGCCAGGUGUGAAAACAGCAUUUUUCACAAGAAGAAUUGUUCCCAAUCACGAGACAUUUGCCACCAUUGGAAAGAAGUCUCAAAAGAAGACGAAAACAAUCUCAGUGGUAUGGCAUGAAGGAACAGCUGGUUGGAAGGCAGAGGAGAUUACUUCAUCUUACGUAAUAGCACUGGAGCAUGAGAGAGAUGUCAAGCAUGCAGUGUAUUGGGUGGAUAACUGCACUUCUCAAAACAAAAACUGGUACCUCCUAACAUCACUGGUGAGCGUUGUCAAUGCUGACUCAACUUUGAUGGAGGACAUCACCCUCAUGUUCUUCGAGCCAGGACACACCUUCAUGAGUGCAGACAGUUUCCACCAUGGCGUGGAACAGGAAAUGAAAGCUCGACCUGGAGGUGUGGUGUACGACUUCGGGGACUUCCUCCAUGUGGUCGCUACAUCCAAUGCAGGCAAGGUGGAGGUGGUCGGAAUGAAAAAGGAAAACAUCCUGGCAUGGAAAGCUGGCCAUUCCAUCGUCAAGCUGAAGAAGGCAGCAGCACCAAAGCUGGCAGAGAUGGCUGAGAUCCAGUUGAGGCGUGGAUCCAGGAGCCUCUUCUGCAAAGUCUCCCAUGAAGAAAAGGACUUCACAGAGCUUGACUACCUCAUGAAGAAAGUCACUCUAGAGACACCCCCGACACUACGUACACAGGAUAGAGGGAUAGAUGAGUUCAAGAAGAUGGACAUAAUCACCAAGCUGUGUCCUCUGAUGCCUGCACAUCGAAGGCAGUUCUGGAAUGACUUGGCUGUGAACAGCAUUGCUGAGGAUGAGGAGUGAUAUGGAAGAGCACUGAAGAAGUUUUACUUAAAAAUGAAAUGUUACUUAAAAAUGAAAUGUAACUAUUCAGCAUUUUAUCAAUUGUCAUUUGGGUCCUCUUGUGAAUAUGAACAUGUAAAUAUGUUUAAAAUGUAUUCUUAAAGCUGUUAUUUAUUAAUUCAAAAGUGUCAUU